CGGUGGUUCGAUCGGAUCGCUGCUCGAAAGCAAAACUCACAUGCGCCGUGUUGCCUGCAGAUACAGAUACAGAUACGAAAUCCCGUUCCGCAGAUACAAAUACAUCGUCCGCGAGUCAAGAGCCCGAAUUCGCGACACGCAGUGAAGUUGUGCACGGAAUCCGAUUCAGGAAAAUUACCAUUGCAAACGGGAAAUUAAAUUAGCUGCCGGCCUGCCUGCUCCGUCAAGUGCUUCACAAAAAGAGAAAGACCUCAUCAGCCCAACAAUAGGAGUAAAAGUGCCAAGGAAUGCCAGUGCAACCAGAGCAGUCUCCGGCUACCGGCCGGCCGAUCAAGAUGGGUGACGAGGAGGCUGCUAAUAGUGCCAAACAAAAGGCGCCCCAAAGCCGUUCAACCUGCUGGCUGCUGCAACGUCGCCAGCUGGACAACAUCUCCACAGUCCUUGCCGAAAUGAUUGCCACAGCCAUGUUGAUGUUCCUGGGCUGCAUGGGCUGUGUGGGCAACUCCGUCAUCAGCAACUCCAACUUCCAGAGCUCCUUGAACUUCGGAUUCGUGGUGCUGAUCUGCAUCCAGUGCUUUGGGGCCGUGUGUGGAGCCCAUUUGAAUCCCGCCGUCACCCUGGCCACCUACAUCUACAACAUGAUCUCGCUUCCCAUGGCUCUGGCCUACUUCGUGGCCCAGAUGGUGGGUGCCUUUAUUGGCUAUGGUCUGCUGAAGGCUGUGCUCCCAGAGAAUGCCAUCUUCAGCACGGAUACCCCCAAUGGAGUGUGCCUAACGUCGCUGAAUAGCACCUUGACCAGUUGGCAGGGCGUGGCCAUUGAGUUCCUGAUCACCUGCGUUCUCAUCUCCAUUUGCUGUGGCGUGUGGGAUCCCCGUAAUGCCACGAAACAGGAUUCAGUGCCAGUGCGCUUUGGCCUGGCCAUCUCCUGCCUGUCCCUGACAGCGGGCCAACUGACUGGGGCCAGCAUGAAUCCGGCCCGAUCUUUCGCUCCGGCCAUUUGGAAUGGAGUGUGGGACAACCAUUGGAUCUACUGGGUGGGCCCCAUGGCCGGAGCGCUAGUCACUUCGGUGACCUACAAGUACGUCUUCCGGCGGGAGGUGGACGACCCGGAGGCGGUGGAUGAGACGACAAUGUCAACCAAGCGAACAUCGGAGGCGGAACUCGCCUAGGAAUGAUUUAGGGCCCCUAAGACAAGUUAUCGUUUAAGUUUGUGUGAGUUGAGAAGGCGGUUUAGUUUUAAGUUGCGAAGCGUACAAAUAAAUACCUUAAAUUAAAUCUUA